UUGCCAAACACAAGGCAUUUACGCCACUCAUAGGUCUGAGUAUGCGUUGACUGCAGUGUAUGUCUCUUACAGGCCGUCGUAUUAAUCGCCAAAACUCACGCUUUAUUGUCGUUUGAAUACAAACCAUCGCUUCAUAGACACCGCCGAAGAAUACGAAGAUCAUGUCGAUCGGUAUACCCAUUAAAGUGCUGCACGAGGCCGAGGGCCAUAUCAUCACCUGCGAGACCAACACGGGUGAUGUAUACCGGGGUAAGCUGUUGGAGGCCGAGGACAACAUGAACUGUCAGAUGGCGAGCAUUACGGUCACCACAAGGGAUGGUCGCGUCUCACAACUCGAGAACGUCUUCAUCAGGGGAUCCAAAAUACGGUUCCUUAUACUCCCCGAUAUGCUCAAGAACGCCCCCAUGUUUAAGAAGGUGGGCGUUAAAGGGGGUCAACAACAGGCCGGUCGCGGCAAAUCAGCUAUACUUCGGGCUCAGGUGGCGAGAGGUCGCGGUCGGGCCCGCGCUAUGAUCACCAGAAGGGGUCGUUAAACGCAUGGCACGACCCCAUCCUAACACAUCUCAUGACAACAAUACUUGAUUUCUUGAAGUCAUUUACCAACCGAUGGCUCGGAGUAUAGGAAAUAUUUUUUCAAUUUGCUUUACAUUUAAACACGAGUUUUGUAUUCAUAUAUCAAAUCAUUAUUUAAUGUCUUAAUUAUAACAUAUAAUACACGACACAAUCGCUGUAUCGACAGAUUUAAUGUUUGCUUUUUGUAGUAAAACUUAUCACAAAAUUUAAAUAUUAUUAAUUCCCUAAAAAAUUCCAGUAUUUAAACAAUAAAUUGAUUGAAAAU